CCCCUUCUUCAGCAUAAAGCUCUCUCUCUCUCUCUGUCAUUCUCUCUCUCUCUCUCUCCUAUUCUGCAUUUCUUGUAUCGAUUCGGAUUUUUCUGGAACCCAGGCCCUUUCUGUCCAAACCUCGCUUAUCUUUUUCAACAAAGUAUUAUUCGAUUCCGUCUUGGCUUCGUACUUUUUCCGCAACCACACUUACUCUUAUUCCUCUCCAUCUGUUUCAACAUUCUCCAUUUCCGGUUUUUGAUCUGCAUAAUAUUCCUGGAAAAAGGAAUACAAACAUGAAGAAGUUUGUACUGAAGCUGGAUAUACAGGACGACAAAGGCAAGCAAAAGGCCUUGAGAACUGUCUCUAGUCUUUCUGGGAUUGAUUCCAUCUCAAUGGACAUGAAGGAGCAGAAACUAACGGUGAUAGGAACGGUGGAUCCGGUGAAUGUAGUGAGCAAAUUGCGCAAAUAUUGGCCAACGACAAAUAUAGUCUCAGUAGGGCCAGCAAAAGAGCCUGAGAAGAAAGAGGAGCCAAAGAAGGAAGAAGCUGGCAAGGGCGAGGAGGCAAAGAAAGAGGAGCCAAAGAAGGAGGAAGCAAAGAAAGAAGAAGAGAAGAAAGAAGAACCCAAGAAAGAAGAGGAGAAGAAGGAGGAAGAGAAAAAGAAAGAGCCCGACCCUAUUGCAGAGCUUCUCAAGGCUUACAAAGCAUAUAAUCCCCCCCUCGCCACAUAUUAUAAUUACUACCACCAGAGCAUGGAAGAGAAUCCAAAUGCCUGUGUUAUUUUUUGAGAUGGGCUUCCAAAACAGAUCGAGGGAAUUGAAAGAUAAUCUUUUCUCAGUCAAAUGGUUGGAGAUUCAGAUUCAUCCAAGGGGUAUAGGAGCUCUUGUAUAUAAGAGGGUGAUCAUGCUUCAUUAGUAAUGUGUAGAGAGAAUAAAAAAAUAAAUCUUGGAAUUUGUUUUGAUCACUUUUAAUUUUAUAUUUCUCAUGUAAUGCUUUUAAUUUUCCUGAGAAGUUGUAAGCUAUAAACUUUUUCCCUUUUUGUUAAUUUCCUGCAUGAAAAACGUGAAAACUCAAAA